AUGAAAGCAUCCGGAGAGAGCCACCUUAACUUGCUUAGCUGUUCAAGGAAACCUCGGCGGAGUAAAAGGUCCUCAGGAAAUGAGAAAGCUGCGUCCUCACUGGCUAAUCUCAAACAGGAUACUUUAACUCACAGCGAUGUGCAUCGCGUGCGGUGGUCGGACAUCGGUAAUCAAAAGAAACCAACCCGAACAUUUUACGAACUGCUCCGAUGUUAUUCGGAUCCUUCCGUGAAGAAGAACGAACUAUCACAGUGUAUUAAAGAACUUCAUUAUCUAGCCCGAGCCGACGACGAGACUCACCGAAACAUAGCCGAGCUCACUUUAUCGCGCAGCCAUCAGAACUUUUCUACAUGGUCGGGGUUAGUCGGAGCUCUCGUUGUUAAAGGGGACUAUGAAACACAGAAGGUAUUAACAAGGGCACUUUUGUCCGAGGACCCGCGGCCCCUUACUGAUAAAGAACACUCGAUACUGCUUGAGGCAGUGUUCUUUAUUCCGGCCGGACCUCUGUACCCGGAACUAUUACAAGCGCUGCUAUCUCUUCAUAAAAACAACAGUAAAAGUGAGGAGGUCACCGUCCGAGCAAUGUUGGUCAUGUCGGGGUUGGUUCGUCGUGUUCAUGAAGCUGGCUAUAACAGGUCGCUGUCUGAUAGUAUUGCACAACAUCUUCACCAGAGCUUUAAAACCCAUCCAGCCCGUUUCCAUGACGACGAAAGCGAAUCACGCGAGACAUACCUUCGCAACCAUAUAUGGGCUUUUGGUAACUUAGGUCAUGCGUCAUCUCUAAACACAAUUAUCCGUCAUUUGGACCACGACAGCUCCGGGAUCCGUUACUCCGCUGUAUCCGCGUUACGCAAACUUCCAUUCCAUGACACCGACCAUCACUUACUGCGGACUCUGAAGCAUGACGAACACGUGACUGUAAAAGCUGGCGUGAUCGAAGUGUUCCUAGAACGCCGACAGAAUAUUUCGGACGAAAUGCGUGAAGCAAUUGAAGACGCAUUUUGGUCAGCCGAGGAUGGAGACGAACUCGAGUCAAAGAUUACAGAAUUUCUCGCCAUACAUGGCGACGACUCACAUCAUACUAUCAAACAAUUACGAAAGCGGAGAGCAGCUAUACGAAGAAAGAAAAGGGCGCUUAUCCCAGCUUUGAAACCAAGAGAGUUCUCCUUGGGACCAAGGCGGGAAUGGAGGAAAGGAUUUGGAGGCAGGAUAGCUGGAGCUGAAGCUGUAAUGAGGUAUACUUGUUAGGGAUAAAGCCCUGGGAAUGCCAGGAAGUAUCGUUGCAAACAUUUGAGAACUUCGGCAUCGGCUGAUUUAUUCAGAUAAAUCACUUAGUUUUACCUUCAGAAAAUAUUGUUGUCGUAACAACUCAAAAUCUUAAAUGCUUCCCUCUUUGUCCACCCUCGAAAAGCUUGUUGCGGAAACAAAAUUUCCUUUGAAAAAAUGAAAACAAAAUUUUGAGAAUUUCUCAGAAUUUUUCAAAAACAUUGUUUUUUUUUUAAGUUUCCAAUCUUCAACCAGUAUGGACAUGCACAGCCACUAUUUGUUGUAAUAAUCCCAUUUUCAAAUGAAAUUCUGAGAAUUUUCAGAAAUAUUCUCAGAGUCUUAUCAAAAUCUUUGCUUUCUUUCUUAGUUUUCAACCUUGAACGGCUAUGCGUAGACAUUCCACAUCGUGUAUUUGUUUUAAUUGUAAAUGGUUACAUAGAAUUGUCGUACGCUACAACCUUGUCUUACGCUUAUUAUGUUUUUGGAAAACGUUUCUUGUUUUACACACCUUGCAGUUUGCCCUGAGCCUAACAGUAAGGGCUCUUUUAGAUUAUUUUAGGUUCCACUCAUUGAUUUUUGUUCAGGUUCGUAAACCAAGUGAAACUACAGAUCAGCAUCUUCGGGGGAAAGUUUGAAGUAGACAUGGAUAAUUUAGCUCUUCUUCGUGCUCACGUGAUCAAGUGGAGUUUCGAUGUGGUUAAAGGCAAAGCCGCGUUCAAAAUGUCGGCGCGAUUUAAGAACGACAUCCCGAAAGACUUAAUCCAUACAAUUUCCGACAAUGCGGACGACAUUCUUGCCAGUGUUGAUUCAAUCACCAGUAUCUUCGCGAAACACAUUCAAAACUUUAUAAACAAACUAAGAAACUAUCUACCGUUGGAUUCAAACGCGUUUCUAGAAUUCAUCUUAAGAGCAGCCGAGUUUUUGAGGCGUUCUAUUCAGGCUACGCGAUUUGGAAAGUUUUUCAGCCAAAUUGGUAAAGGUCUUAAAAACACGUUGCGUGUCAACGGACUUUGGAGGAAAAUCGCUAGUCUAGUUGACAAGCUUUUACGGAAUCUCAAAAACUUAAAUUUAUCCAACGGACCAUUUGGAGAAGCAUUUCAAUUUUUAAAACAUUUUGUGGAUCUCGUUUCUAGAAUUAACUCUCAGCUCCCUCGCGGUUUUCCGGUAAAUUUCAACAUCAAGGAAUUUCUAGGACACAUCUCUGGGCGAUUUGAUUCGAUCUGUGAUGCGGUCUCGGAUUAUUUCAAGAAAUUGGGUGUAAGCGUUCCAGGAAAUUUCUUUGGAAUGCUACAUUUUAAGCUCACUUUGCGUUUCCCGAUUUCCUUGGAUAAGUUCAGGACCGUCACGGUGAGGUUGAUAAAUUUCGGAAACAAUUUUCUGGAAAUGCUUUCCGUGUUCCGGGAAAUGAUCAGGAUUGAGUUACCGAGAAUUCACCUGCCUGGAUUCGGCCUAAACACCGGCGGAAACCGAUUCUUCGAUUUUGGGUUAUCUUUCGAUUGGAGGAUCAGGUUCAAUUUUAAGAUCGACUUUUCCGGGCCAGAUUUCGCAAAACUGCAGAACUUUUUCCGUUAUUUAGCGGAAAUUUUCCAACACCUAGAUGGCCCAAAUAUAGACUUGGAAAAAUUUUUCCGGGAAUUUUUACCCAGUUUGAGAAACGAGUUGGGUUCUAUGGACUCAGAACUUUUCCAGAAUACGACAGGUUUGAAGAUUGGGCAAUGGUUCCGAGAAAUUAUGAAACAUUUUGAGAAUAUUCUUGGGCAGCAAGAUUGGAAUUUUCUAGGCUUUAGUGACACUGCAAAAUUCUUAGAAGAAUUAGGAAAAGAGGCUGGAAAAUUUUCUAAGAAAGCCCUCAAAAAGGUUUGCAAGUUUCAAGGAUUCAUGUUGAAGUCUUCCGGAAAAUUACAAGAAUUUGGGGAAAAUUUGGAAAAGGAAAUGAUAGGUGCGAUCAGAGAAAUCGAAGACGAAGCACAAGCUGUUAUCGCAGAGGUCGUCAAUGUCACAUUAUUUGUGGAUAAACUUAUAGACGAUCUCCAAAAAAAUCUUUCAAACACGGCGAAGAAAUUUGUAGAUCAGUUUUUAACAAAGUUGGAAACUUCGCUUGAAAAUGUUAAAGAACUAGCUGAUAAUGUUGCGGAGUUUACUAGCAACUCGACCGACAAGCUAGCUGGUUUCUGUUACAAAACGGCUGACGUAUCGGGCGAAAUUUUGGAUAAAAUUCAGUCCGAAGCCGAAAAUGCUGCGAAAGAACUAGCCGAGUUUAUUACUACGAAUUCUCAAGGUAUUAUCGGCCUUGUAAACCGUUUCAAAACUGUCGUUUCAAACGUAGAGAAUUGGCAGAAGCAAAAUUUACAAAAACGUUUAGGAAAGUUUGCUCGCGUCGCCGAAACGCUUGAAGAAUUUUUAUCGUUACUAAAAAACGAAAACAAAUUUUUGAAAAGUGUGUACAAAGUCUCUAAGGGUAUUAACGAUGUUGUAAAGAACUUGAAUCGACUACCCGAACAUGCCGAAAAAGCCCGACAGGCCGCCGAUAAGGUCGCCGACUUUGCUACGAACGCGAAGCGAUGGGAGACCGAAGUUAAGAAACUUAACAUACAAAAGAAAUUCAAAUUAGACUUCGACGACAAAUUGCGAAAACUCUGCAACGAAUUUCAAACUUUAGCUCAGGAUGCCGUGAAGAAAAUCCAAGGAGAUAAUUUGUUUAGAACAUUCCGUGAAUUCGUGACAAAAGAAACAGACGCCUUGAUUUCUCGCGGGGUAGGAAAAUUAAACUUACUACAAGAACCAUUAAAGCGAGUGCGAAGCGAGCUUGAAGAGGUUUCAGAGUCUGUCAGCGAAGUCGAAGCGGUUCUGAUUGAAAUGAAACCAUUUUCUAAAAACUUUUCACCGAUUUUAAAAGAAGUCAGUCAACUACCCAACUGUACGGAAAUUGAGUUUAUAUUUGAUAAUAUUCUCACCAAAUGUGGUAAAGGUGCAAAGGCAUUUGGUAAACAAGCUUAUGGGGAAUACAAGGAUUUGAGGUCCGAAGUCAAAGCAUUCUUAGAACUUUUACCAGACGAAUGGGAGAGUUUAAGUUUACGGAAAUGUGUCAUAGGCGGCACGUGUCUUUCCGAGGCGUUCACGAAACAGGCUCAAGGUGUUUCAAAGAAGAUUAAGACAUUGAAAAAGAAAUUUGAUAAUAAAGAAUUGCUUGAAAGCUUGGAGCCUUGUAAAACUGCCGUGGAAGACGUUUCUGGUGUCGUGGAGAAAGUGAAGAGUAUUUCAGUAUUGGUGGAGGAGUUCUCUUUGAAAGAUGAAGUGUUGAAGAUUAAAGAUUUGGCUCGCAGGAUUACUGGGAAGUUUUCAGGGGAAAGUGAUAGCCAGGUUUGUAUGUUUUUAACAUCCUUCGUUAUUAUGCCUCUCUUCCACUGUCUUACUCCUAUCUUACUUGCUUUACCUGACUUCACCUCUGGACUUUACCUUGUCCUGCGUUGCCCUAACCUUAACGUAGCCUUGUCCUAUUCCUGGCCAUUUUUGCUUUAGCUUACCUUAAUUAACUGAUACGUUUCCUAAUAGCUUACUGUAUACCUUUUUUCUUAUCUUUUCUCACCGUACCAGACAAUAUAUUAAAAUACCAUCUCAAGCAAAUUAAUAAUUUAUGAGUAAAUCAGCCAACCAUAUUUCUUUAUUUUGCUGACUUGAUAAUAGUGGAUACCUGGUGAUGUAUGUUGAUCCAGUCCUAGGAAUCAAUCAAAGUUAAUUCAUUCCUUGGACUAGAUCAAAAUUAAUUCACCUCACUUUAAGUAGUUAUUUAUUCGUAUGAAAUGUCAUUUCAAAUCCUCCAAUUCAGACUGGACUAGAUUUCAAAUCCUCGCAUUUUGAUCCAGUCCUCGGCUUCGCCACGGACUUGACCAAAUUUUGCGGACUUGAAAUUUAGUCCAGUCCUCAUAGUCGGAUUUGAAAUAUUACAUACUAUACCAUACCAUACCAUACCAUACCAUACCAUACCAUACCAUACCAUACCAUACCAUAGCUUGUCUUGGUUUACUUUCCAUACCUUAACUUACCAUACUAUACGACAUCAUACCAUGCCAUACCAUACCACACCAUAUCAUACCACAACAUUCCAUACUUCUCAUCCUUGCACCCUUACCUUCCCAGGUCCAAAAACGCUCAGUCAGUGACCUCGCCAAGAAAGUAAAGAACCUUGCUCAACACAUCAAAAAAGCUAAAGAAACCAAAGAGAAAGUCGAACAACUUGUUGAAGAAGUGUUUGGCAAACUAAAAAGCAUCUAUUCGGAUAACAUCGAGCCAUUCCAAGACAACCUAAAAGACGUUCAACAAAAACUGCAGUUAUCUUAUGACCUGAGUAAAAAAUCAAACGUCAUAAAUCCAACUUUGCAAGCGGUAGACACAGUAGUGCGAGCAAUGACUGACUUUACUGAAGUUGCUCAAAAUGUCGUUGGCCCGUUAGAGGGAACUAUUUUAGACGUACUUUCAAAAACCUCCGACUUCACCGACGUUUUUGACGAUAAACUUAAAGGCUACGGGAAAAAAGUACAAAAAGUUUCGGACGAAGUUAACGGCUUUCUGGAUAAAAUUAUCUCGUUCUUGAAUACAAUUCAAUUACGUCAGAAGGGGUUGGAUAUCCGGGACUAUAAACCCUGGAACCAAUAUCCGUACUGUUCGGAAGAAGUGUGCCUCAGGUUACUCCGCAGAUCAUCCAAACUAUAUCUGAAGACCGUUUUCUCUUGGAAAUUUGCGCAUUUGGACGAUUUGUCUUCCUUUUCCAAGUCGGGCAAGUGGCUAGUACCCGGUCUCUUUGAUGACUACAAAGUGCGCAGUAUUGCGCCAUUGUCUAAGAACGAGAUGGUACUGGGCAUGCGCGGUGUGGCUUCAAAUACUGACAAAACUUCGUUAUUGGUUGUGGUCGAUAUAAGGUCAUCAAAAAGUCAAAUUGUUAAGAUUAUUCAACUUCAGCAAAACGGUCAGCCUUUCACAGGCGAUAUGGGAGGCGUGGCAGUCGUAAAAGAUACCUACAUUUGGAUGAGCAGUGGUAAUAGUCUCUAUGCUGUAAAGUUAUCUGGCGUUCGAAAUAGCAUGUCAACCAGUGUCCCUUCGAUCAUCAGCAUUGCUAGAACAAAGUCACUUUCCCAUCAAACAACUUCGCUUUCUUAUGACAGUCGAGAUAGCAGAAUUUGGGUAGUUGACAGUGGUAGUUAUAAAGUUCAUUCCUAUGACGUGAGUCCGUUUGGUGAUGUGUUGGUACAAAAAGAAACCCUCGAGACGGGCCAAUACACGCGUGGCUUCGCGAUUGUUCGGCAAUUUGGCGUGAAAUACGCCGCCGUGGCUAAAUGUGCGCUGGUUGCCGGAUACCAAUGCAAACUUGAAUUCCAUAAAGUUGACACUGGUGUCCUAGAUGAAUCGACUGUUCACAGAGUUGUGCGAACGCCCACUGGCCUAGAAGGUAUCCAGACUGUGGACUCAGAACACCUCGUGACCGCCUUCUCGAGCGGGACGUUUUCGGAGAAGGACAAGAUCGAACGAAUAGCUGGCGAUUUCGAAGACAGAUUUUUCAAGUUUAAGGUGCCGAUUCUUACAACCGGUUUUGACAUCACGGAGAAUUGUGUGUAUUUGAAAGUAGCAUGGGAUUGGAUUAUCCCAGCCAAACGUCUGUUUCCUCUGGGCGAGAUGAAGUGUGGUGAACGUAGAAAACGGAGCGCUUUAGAAAAAGCGUUGGAAGCUGAUGUGUACACCGAGGAACUUGAGAGGCAUAAGAGGGUACGACGUCAAACAACCGAAAGUGUAGCUUGCUCUUGGAAUUUGGAGGGAGAACCCAAAACAGGUUUGUGUUUUGCGUUUAUUGAUAGAUAGAUUUAUUAAAGUCACAUCGGAGUAAAAACUGAAUUGCGCGACUGUUACAUGGUGUCAAGUUAUGUACUAUUUAACUGUUACUCGGUACUACACACGAUGUUUUAUAACUUUUAUCGUUUUAUUUAAUGUAUAGAAUGUUUUUAAAACUGUUAUUUACAAUGCUUGAAUAUAAUUUAGAAUAACAAUAAUAGUUCAAUCGUAACGUUUGUUGAACGUUUUUUGAGCACGCGAGGCGCGCCGCUGGUCGCUCGUACCAGUCUCUAAACUGUUCACAUAUAUUAUCGUUCAUUACGCUAUCACAGCCGAGCGUUUUAUAUCUGAUAAAACACGACUACAAAUGCUUUAAAUGGCUUAAAAUACGACUACAAAAGAAUACUAAUUUGGAUGAACCAUUAUAUAAUCAUACUAAUUAGGAUGAGUUUUAUCAGAUAUAAAGUUACUCCGCGUGACAUGUUGAUUGUUGUGGCUGAUAUGAUUUGCCACCAGGUUUAUGAGGAUUAUAACAUUAUUUACAAUAAGCUUUAAAGGCCUGUUUACACUUGGAAUUUUUGCUGCGAUUUUAAGUGCGAUUUUUUCUGCUGACGUGAUGGCGACAUGAAAUCGCCAAUGUAAACACCCUGCGAUUUAACUGCAAUUCCAGUGCAACCUCACUGCGACAAGCUGCAAAUAUUUCGAAAUUUAUCGCAACUCACUGCGAUUUUUCAAAAGCUGUGAACAAAAUACGACUGUGCUACCCCUCAACGGCAGGCGUUGUCACCUUCAAUAAAGGCGUUUAUCAAAGCCAAGCAACAUAAACUUAUAAAUAUUUACAAUUCUUCACUUUCACGCUGUUUUUAAAAGCAAUAUUGCACAGGUAAAUCUACUAUGUGAAUGCAGUUAACAAUAACAUAUGAAAUAAAAACGAAGUACUGCAAUACUAUAAAUAUUUACCGCGUUCACUUUGGUCUUUGUCUUUGUAAUAACUUUAGAACAAAAACUGGUGUUUCGGUCUAUUCGUUUGUGCGCGAGUAGUAGUUCAAUAGAGAAAUCCCUUGGCUUUUUAUACACUGUAUUCUUAUUGAAUAAACUAUUAAAAACAGACGACGAACAGUCGGGAAUGUUUUUCUACAGCCAAUCACUUAUAAGAAAACAGCCGUAAACAACCUAAUUAGAACAAAAUCUUUGUAUUGUUUGUGAACUUGAGUCGUGUAUUGAAAAUUUAAUUCAGUUUACAAGCUACUAAAAUGGAAAAAUCGCUGCAAAUUUCAGUGUUAUCGCACCAAAGUUGCAGUCAAAAUCGCAGGGUGUUUACAUUGGAGAUUUAAAAAAAUCGCCGCAGAAAUCGCAGUGAAAAUUGCAAGUGUAAACAGGCCUUAAAACGCUUUUUUCCGUGUUGGUGUAGUGUACUCAAGUGAAUAUGAUGUUUGUGAUGUUACUUUGAGUGUAUAUCCACACCGGGCAAGCUUGAAAAUAUGCCUGACCACGGUGGGAAUCGAACCUACGACCUUUGGAAUACUAGCUCAAUGCUCUGCCAACUGAGCUACGCGGUCAGAAAAAUGCAUGAUUAUUAGAUUACAUUCAUAUCGAAGGAACUAGAUUCGGUUCCGAAAUAUCACAUACUCGAACCGACCUAACCGCGUAGCUCAGUUGGCAGAGCAUUGGGCUAGUAUUCCAAAGGUCGUAGGUUCGAUUCCCACCGUGGACAGGCAUAUUUUUCAAGCUUGCCCGGUGUGGAUAUACACUCAGAGUAACAUCACAAGCAUCAAAACUUUAAAACCUCUGUUCGCAGAGGUUUUAUAGUUUAUUGUAAAUAAUUGUAACUUUUGUCAUUUAAUAUUGGGUACUACUAAACUAAGUUAAACCAAACUGAACCACGUUAAUAAGUUCUAUUAACCGUGAUUAAAUCUAAAGUUAGUGAACUCAAACUGAGCAAAACUAAUACUGAUCUGAACUGAGCCGAACUCAACUCAACUAAAGCCUGGAUGAAACGAGGAUGAGAGUGCAAGUGAGUUUAGCUGCUCUUAAUGCUUUCCCAAUGCCAUCAUCUAUUCUAUUUAAGUCGAAACGUGUUCGGAACACCUUUAUUUUUAUUUUGUCAAUCUAGAGCUUGAAAUGUCCCCAGUAACAUUGCGUGACUGCCGACUCUCAUCAACUCUCAUCGUCGUGACCAGGGCUUAGCUUCACUUGUAUUGAAUAUCUCUGUCAGUUCUAAACUGUUCUCCCUAGAAGUUAGUAAAAGCCGUUCGUUAUUGUUAACAGAUAAUCUUUUACAAAAUAUAAGCGUUGAAUAACAACAACAGCAACAACGACAGCAAAAAAGUACAACAGCACAAGCGACAGUAGCGACUGCAACAACGUCGAAAAUAGCAACCCUACCCGCCCCUACGAGGAAAACUAAAAACAACAACAACAACAACAACAACAACAACAACAACAACAACAACAACAACAACAACAACAACGACUGUAACAACAACAACAACAACAACAACAACAACAACAACAACAACAACAACAACAACAACAACAACGAAAACAACAGCAGCAACAACAACAACAGCAGCAAAAACAACAAAAACAACAAUGAAAGCGGAACCAACAGUAGUAUCUUUAAUAUAUAUCUUUUUCUUAGGUUCAUUUCCAAUUCUUCCCGAAGUCGGCUUCUAUAUUAUAGUGGUUGUGAUUCCAGUGUACUUUUACUUCGGCGCUGAUACACAUUACUAUGCGAACUACAGAGUCUCAUUGUGUCUUCGCGAGAGAGAGGUACGACUUGCGAUCAUCCCUGGGGCAUGGGUGACUGUAUAUGCAGGGGCAAGAAUUUCUGUAUUAAUCAUGCAGGUUGGUGUGACGGUAGAGGCAAAACUACUGGAAACCUACCUUAUCCCUGAGGUUUCCGUUCGUGUCGACAAAUGGCCGUUGCGUGCAUGUUUGGAAAUGAAGCUGCAAAUGACUCCUUUAUCUAUUCGUGUCUACUUGUGGUAUCGGUUCAGAUCUAUAAGAAUCAGAGUGAAGAAAUGGUUUAGAAUUCGCAUCUCAAUCGGUUGGGGUUCAAAGAAAACGUUCCCUGAAUGGACUUGGUCGUCUCGGUCUAUCCAUAAAACCGUACUCAGUACUUGCGAACGAGAUACUGACAACACACCCCCUGGGGCAGGACAAUGUACCGCAAAGCAGGUCGGGAAUAAGAAGUAUUUCGUCCAAUGGCAUGGCUUCACUGAGGACACAAAGAUUCAGAAUUAUGUCGUCAUAAUCGGCUCGAUCAGAGGGUCCGGCGAUGACCAUUAUUCCAUCCACGGAGAAAGACAGAGCUUGCUAGUUUCAGACCUCGACAUCAUGGAUGGUCGUUCUGUUUACGCGGCCGUAUAUGCGUAUAAUGGUUUUGGAUUAAAAAGUCCGAUUGCUCAUUGCCCGAUGUUUACUGCAAGGCGACGGUCUCCGAUUGUUACGUUCGUUCACGAUGUCGAAACGUCGGGUGACAUCGACUACCAAUCGGAUACAACCAGUCUUGCUGUGGAGUAUGGUUUUGAGGGGACUUUUGGGGAUCUUUCUAGCGUAAAAUGGGGGAUAUCAAGUUCGCCGAAUUGUACCUUGUCUGAAAGCGAGGCUGAUGUUAUAAGUUUGCGAGAAGUCGGGGAGAGCUACAGUAUUAAGAAGACUGGAUUAGAGUUGGCGAAUGGUGGGAAAUAUUACAUCCGGGUCCAACUUGUCAACCUCUUGGGAUUGGCUACCGUGGCUUGCAGUGAUAGCGUUACCAUAGAUACCACGCCACCUGUACCACGUGACUUCACGGUCGGGAAAGAUGGUACGGGAUUCGUACCCUCGGUGAGACGAAUCGCUGGCAAGUUUCAACAAUUUCUAGAGAUUCAAAGUCCCAUGGUGCGCUACGAAUGGAAACUUAUCGAUGAAGACACCGGUAGUGACGUCAUACCUUUUAAGACAAUACCGCUGACCCAAAAGUCACCAUUGCUCGACAGCUUAAGUUUGACCUCUGGGAAAAAGUACACCGCUGUACUGAAAGGUACUAAUGCCGCAGGUCUGUACGCUACGGUAAAUGUGUCGGGUAUUAUUCCUGAUGAUACAAUCCCAUCAUGCAAUGGACCACCACGUGACGUCAUAAACUUCGACGACGUAAUAGAUAAAGAUUUCGUACGGCAACUUAAUAACCUCACCUAUAUGUUCUCGUGUCACGAUGAUGAAAGUGGUAUCCAAUCCUUUCACGCGGCAGUGGGCACUUACCCAGGCGGGGAAAACAUCCACCCGUUUGUCAACAUUGGUGAACUGGUGACUAGAAUAUCUGAUGACUCCAAAACCACGUGGGUAGCUUUUGAUGACGUAAAUGUGACGUCAUUGGUUCAGUAUUACGUCACAAUCAAAGUUCGAAAUAAUGCAGGCCUGAUUAAGACGAUUUCUUCAGAUGGGGUACUUAUGGAUACAACGGGACCCACAGUGUUGCCAAGCUACAUCAGAGAUGGACCACAUGGGACAGACAGGAAUUUUAGUUCAGGUUUUGAUAUUUAUCCAGCUCACUGGGAGAAUGCAUUUGCAGACGCUGAAAGCGGAAUUGGAGAAUACUUUGUGGGUCUGGGUACGAAUCCUGGGUCAGAUGACACAUCAGCUUUCAAAAGCAAUGGUUUGAGCACGCGAUCGCUGGUCAGCAGUAGUAGUGCCUUGGAAAAUGGUGUAACAUACUAUGUAACGGUGAUAGCCUGUAACCGAGUGCGCAUGUGUGUGAAUGGUAGCAGCAACGGCGCUAUGGUGGAUUUCAUGCCACCACAUCCGGGCUCCGUCAUUGCAGGUCACGUGGGACCACCACUGGAAGUCACAUGGAUCAACAAAGCAGCAUGGGCCCGCUGGCAGUGGUGUCCAGCAGACAGAGCCAAGCAACAAUUCAUCGCCGACACAUGUGACCUGCUGAGUUUCUACGACAAACAUUCAGGAAUAAAACGUUUUGGUUUAUCUGUGCUCUCGUACGAUACAGCCGAGCUGUUGGUCCCAGUCAAGACCGUGGGCCGCGUUGUAGUCAGCGGUGUACAUGCAGUCAUGCCUAAUGGUGUUUUCUCUGUAGUUGUCGAAGCUGAAGAUCGCGCCGGAGUUCGUUGGAAUGCAAUAUCAGAAUCGUUCAUAAUUGAUGCCACUCCACCUUGGGUAGUCAAGCUUUACCAUGGUAACGAAGGCCAGCCAAUCAGAUACACGAGUAGCCAAAAUCACGUGUUUUCUGCGUACUUCGAGAUAACCGAAGAUCUGUCGGACAUUGUUCAGUACAGCCUCGGCGUGUCGUCGUAUCCCGAAGGCGAUGAUGUCAUACAGUUCGCAAGCCACAAGCCUGAUGUUGUAUCUAAUGUUAUUCGUGUAAAUUGGACAUCGACAACAAAAACUUCUUUAGUAAAUGGUCGGAAAUACUACAUCACAGUGAAAGGCACUAACUCUGCUGGUCUAUUUAUAGUAGCCACGUCACUGCCCUUGGUGUUUGACGACGAAGCACCAUUAGUCACGCACGUAUUGGACGGAUGGGGUACGCAAGAUGCUCAAUACCACUCGUUUCCGAGUAUCUACCGAAUGCAUUGGCGAGGCGUUACGGACGUUUCCGGAAUUGAGGAAAUUAAAGUAUGUCUUAGCUCUACUCAAAAUCCUAAUACUUGUGACAUCCAUCCUUUGGUGAGAAUAUCGAACACCUUAACUUCAUAUUCCUUCACCAAUAUCAACCUACAAUCAGGAACUUACUGCUACGCUUUACUGCAGCUCAGCGAUAAAGCUGGUAACCUUGGAAACCAUUGGACCAAUGGCGUGUUAGUUGAUACCAGUCCACCGACGAGAGGGCGAGUCAACGACGGGCAAGGUGGGCGAGAUAUAGUUUUCCAACGUGGAACUAACAUGCUUUAUGCAAGUUGGAGUGGAUUUUUUGAAAACGAAACAUCGAUUCAUCACUAUGAACUUGCAUUCGGGACAUCGCAAAAUAGUUCAGAUGUUCAAUCUUUUACCGAUGUUGGUCUAGUCACUUCAUCUGCAAGUUCGAACUUGCUCGUUUCAGAACUUAAAAACGGCGUGACCUAUUACGCUCGAGUUAUUGCGUUUAAUAUAUUGGGGGUGCCGAGCGAGAUGGCAACGUCCGAUGGUGUUUUAAUCGAUUCAACUCCACCGACAUUUUCGGCACCAGUUUCCGACGGAGUUUACCUGCAAUUUGACCUUGAUUAUACAAGUCGUGUAACCUCGCUUUCUGUAAGUUGGAAAUGUGAAGACACUGAUAGUGGGCUAACUCAGGCAUUUGUCGGGUUCGGGACUCAGCCUGGCAUUCUGGAUGUUGCGGGUUAUCAGGUUGUGUUGCCUUACCAAACUAUGUAUACAUUAGCUAAUGUCAUUCUGUCCCAGGGGUAUAGAUAUUUUGCCACGGUCAAAUGCGUCAACAGAGUCGGCUUGCAAAACUCGUUGUCCAGCGAUGGCGUCACUAUCGAUGUUACGCCACCGUUGCUGCGUUACGUUAACGAUG